AUGUAUGAUGGAUUUCUUGAUUGGGCACUUUUUUGUAUUGAUGAUCUUCCUUCAACUGACACCGACAAGACAGUAUUUAACACCCAUGAUUCCUAUCUCCUUAGAAAACGAGACUAAUACUCAUCACAGUUCAAUAAAUUCUUCCCAAAAUUCUUGAUAACGAUCGGAGACUUCACCCAAGACGAUUUUUCUGCCGCCCAACUCCAAGACUGGAGGGAAAAAUACAAUGCAUUAAGGAUGCCACUGUCCCUUUACCUCCAGAGCGGACAAUACUCAUCAAUGCCCCAGCCUAAUACCAUAUUUCAAGCUAGCCAGUCGUACAACUGACUGGAAGGCCUGUAUAUUAAAUACGAUCUGCGCCACCCAAAAGAUACCCGGUCGAGAACCCUCACGAGAACAAGUCUUCGUCGGUCUCAACUCCGCCGUUUCCGCCCCAGGUGAUUCGGGAGCUUUGAUCUGUGAUAUUAAUAUCGCAGCUAACAACGAUGAUGGUGCGACGACUCUUGUGCCUAUUGCUGUGGUCUGGCGUGGGGAGAAGCAGCAUGGAGGAUGGACCGAUAUGACAUAUGGGACUCCCGUCAACGUAGUUCUGAAGGAUAUAGAGACUUUUUUGGGUUGGGAUAGUGGUAGUAUAAGGUUUUGUUAAGGGCUGGGGGAAGCAUGGGAUAUGAUGGGAUGUG